AUGGGGUAUAACCCUUUCCUGCCCACCGCCGGUGCAAAAGUCAACGUUCAAUGUGUCCCAGCGGGCCCGGUCACCCCCGAUCGCUUCCAGAAAUUCAUCAAGUUGCUGCAGAAUUGUGCGAUAGUCAAGCUGAAACUGGUCGAGUUUUCAUUGUCCCCUCAAGGUACCUCUGCAGAAUCAGCGUCGGAAGAUGGCUGGAUUUUCUACGAUAUCUCGGCCAACCAAGAGACUGCCAGGCCCCAUCUUUUCCCGUUCGAAACAAAUAGUCGAUGCCAGAUUCUGUUUGGAAUUAUCGAUGGGGAGAGGAUUGGACCUGAUGCAGCAUCAGUUCUUCAAUCGAUCAACAUAGAAUUUCCCCAACUAAUCCCUUCGACUCCUGGGCUUCUUGUUCGUCAAUUAAUUUGCUUCAGCAAGACGCCAUCGCUUCGAGCCGAUUCUGGUAUUGUAUUCAUACCUGAUACCAAUGGCGACAAUGCUGCUCGUGACUUCAUGAUCACAGUCUCGAAACAACUUGCGGACGGCAUCAAUAGGGUUAUCGAUGACUUCAGAGACCAGCCCAUCAGUAUGGUGCCCGGCGCCGGCUCACAAAUCCUCCGGCGAAAUGGUAACACACCGAAUUCUGCAGAAGGGACGUCUACUCCGGUGUCAGCGAAAUCCCAAAGUCCGCUGCCGUCAAACGAGGCCGAAGCCCAGAGCGACACAUCUCGAGGACGCUUCAACAUCAUCCAAGGUAUGUUUCAUCUCCAAAGGGGAUUGUGGAGCGAGGCCUUGAGCUCGCUUUCUGAAGGCGCAACCAUUGCUCAGAGCGGCCAUGAUCAUCUUUGGCACGGGAAAGCGCUUGAAUGCCUCCUAGUGUGCAUGCUUUAUUUAUCAUGGUCUGAAGUAUGGUUCGCGGUCCCUCCGGUAUGUCGUUCUCUUCCGAAUAGAAGCGGUUCCUUCCAAGCAGAAGUGGCGCCAAACUCGGGCGAUUCCCGUAAGCUACUUGCUCAACUGAUGCCCCCGAUGGUUGAAACGGUCCUGGAACUCUACGCAAAGGUGUCGAAUUUAGACUUGGGCGGACCUUUACAAGAUGUCCUCAGAGAAUCUCGCAUCAGGCUUGUAAAUUUACUAGUCUUCGUGAAACGGGACGGAGGCGUGUUGAACCAGCAAUAUCUCGAUCGACUUGUCUUGGGCAAAGGCGACAUCGUCGAUACGCAAAAGCCGCUUGGAGGGGAGCAAGUUGCGAUAUCCAAGGCCGGACUGGCCAACAUCCUGAUUGAAACGCUCCAGGCAUCUCAAUCAAGCAAUAAUCCAUCGCAUCAAACAUCUCUCCUGGUCGCUGUGGCCAGCAGUUUGUCCACUCUAGGUUUAGAUCGCAAGCAUGCAUUCUACAUGAAGCAACUGAUGCGACAACUUGCUCCCAAAUUGAUUGAAGCGAGAAAGGUCGGUGCAUCUGAGGUCGGUAUCCACCCAGCAGCUGGACUUCCACCUAUCACCCCCGCUCAUCAGGGUAUUAUUCCCGAGAUGAUGGUUGGCACCAGGAUCAUGUUGGCCCUUGCCGCUGCUGCAUAUGGGGCCCCAUUGCCUCCCAUUCCUCGCGUACGGGAAAGGAUUCCAGCAGACUUGAAUGAAAUCAAUGAAAAUCUUCGAAUAUGGGCUUAUGAGCAUAGUUCUGGAGAUGCCCUGCUCAAGCUGGAAAUGCUACGGACUUGUGUCAGUGUCUGCGAGGCUUUGCCCGAUAUUUCGGCAGGCCUGCAUUUGACAUCCCAUAUCCUGCGCGGAGCGAAGCAAGUUGUGACCAUGCCGAAGCCACCAGCCACCAUUGUUCCACUGAUUUCUGCAGAGGAACAAGCACGUUUAGUGGAUAGCAUCAAACGCGCCGUGUCAGCGGCAUCGCGGAUGGGUGAAGGUGGAUGUCGAGCUGAAUACUGGGACGAUUUUCUUGUCCGGGAUGUCCAAGUAUUUGAACGAGACACAUUGGCUAAGCUCAUCCCACACAAGCCCAGUGACCUUUCCGUCCGAAGCAGUGGGCUCGUUGAGACGGUUCGAGAUCCUUUCAUUUACAACCCAUUUUCGAAGGACGAAUCGGCCAUUGCCGACCCUGUUCUCGUGGCUGGAGAGUGGGCUACCUUUGCUGUCCUGCUCCAAAACCCAUUGGAAGUCGAGGUCGAGAUUGACGAAAUUCGGUUGAUUACCAAGGACUGUAGCUUCACACCUUCACCGCAUAGCAUUGUCUUGGGCCCUUUCUCGACCCAAAUGUUCUCCUUGAAUGGAACACCUACUGAAAGUGGUGAUCUUCAAGUGGUUGGUUGCAGAGCCAGGAUUCGCAACUGCUAUGAACAGGACUUCCUUAUUUUCCGCGAGGACUGGAAGUUCCCAUUGGUUCUGAAGCAGAAUACCCUUGGGAGAGUUAGAUUCCAAAAAGGCCAACCCGGAAAUGCUGAAGAAAAUCCGAAGCUUCCAGAGCUCCCAUUCCCCCCUCCAAAUCCAAGUCCCUUGAAGUUGAAAGUCAUCAGCGCUCAGCCACGACUUGUUAUCGAGCCCAAAACCCUUGGAAAGUCUGCAAUCAUGUUGCUCGAAGGAGAGAGUCGUGUCUUCGAGCUACGCCUGGCCAAUGAAAGCAUGACUGUAGCCGCAGAUUUUGUCCUGGUCACCACUGAAGAUUCAGUCACCGCCAGGCUACAAUAUGCGCUAUUAAACAAGGAUCUGAAUCCAGCGGAGCUCUACGAGAUCCAAAAGCAGCUUGCGGUAAAUCCAGCUAUAGAGAUUAGAAGCUCUGAUCGAAGUGUAUCGACCCGAAUUCUAGAACCAGGUCGAGGCGUCGAUUAUACGGUUUCAAUCUUCGGCCGACCAGGCCUUGUCGACGCCACCGUGCAGGCGGACUACGCAUAUCUGGGAUCGCCUUCGUCCGAAGUCAAAGGAACUUUCUACACUCGACAGGUACGAUUUCCUAUUGCUGUGACUGUCAAUGGCAGUGUUGAAAUACCACGGUGCAAUGUCUUGCCCAUUCACAGCGACUUCGUGUGGAAUUCCGAUCGUUUAAACGGGGCACCAAAGGUGGAGAAUCUCGUUGAAUCUCGGUCCGCCGAUUUUUCCAAGCUCUCACGUUGGCUCAAGACCCGACCGGAGGCAACGGCGUAUUGCAUGCUGACCCUGGAUCUCCGAAAUGUUUGGCCGCAGCCUCUCCGCGUCGACAUCCAAGUUCGAAACCGGGACCCGAGCCCCGAUUCGGAAAACCAGUCUUGGACUGAUGCCUGUUCAGUCCACGAAAUAUUGCAGCCUGGCCACGUCAGCCGAGUGGUACUGCCAGUCCCACGACUAUUUAUCAAAGAUCCGCACGCCCCUAUCCCCAAUCUGGAGACACAGAAACAGUUUGUUGUAACGUCGUCCAAGCUGAGUACAGAAGCGGAAGCAGCAAGUAGGGAGUCAUUUUGGUAUCGAGAGGAGCUUCUAAAAUGCUUGCGAGGCUCUUGGAAGGAGGAAAGCUCCGGCAGACAUGGAGAGAUCGAUCUCAGAAAAGGGAUCAGGCUCAGCCCACGAAUGGUCGACGUGCUCAAACUGGACCACAUUGACAUUGAAUACGGCCUCAAGUCGUACAGCAAUCCACCGAUCGACAAUGAUUCAGAUACAACCGUGAAACAGAUUGGAAGGUCCCAUUUCUUUUUGCAAACCGAAACAUUCGCGACCUUGUUGGUCAUGAUACAUAACCACACUCCAGAUACUCUCCAGUUGCUCCUUCGCCUCCAGCCGGCUCUUCGACAUCAAACACACAACAUUGCCCUGGACCUUUCGAAGCGGUUCGCCUGGUCCGGUGUCCUCCAGCGUGCUUUACAUCCGCCUAUCGAGCCAGGAGGCACUUACGUCGCUGAGCUGGGCAUUAUCGCGUUGGCACAGGGCGACUAUGAGAUAAAUGCGUCGGUAGAGGAGAUCAAAGGCCGUCGGACACAUAUUGCCGCAAAUGCCGCAAACGCCGUCGGGACAGGCACUGCGAGAAGGAUUUGGCAUGCUAGAUCUGCAUGUUUGAUCGAUGCCGGGGAAGAGUAA